CCGCUCCCCUUCGUGACGCCGCCGGUACCUGUGGCGGGCUUGGACCAGCCCUAGCGCGCACCCGCACCCUUGGACCUGCUGUGUCCACCAUCCCUCAUCUUUUCUCUUCACCACCACGAUUGUCUGUACACCCCCGAAGCGAGAAUGCGUUCUUCAACCAUGAAGGACGCUAGCAAGAAGCUGCGAGAUGGCAGGCUCAGGCCUGUCUCUGAUGACGCGUUUGCGUGUUGGCGGGACUCAGUCCCGAUCAUAGAUAUAGAGUCCAACACUCUGGACUCGGGUUCGGAUGUCGACGAGGACGACCUCGAGUCAUCGUCGUCCACCACAACCCCCACUGCAGUAGUUAAUGACUUGGAGACGCUGACAAAUGGCUUCGUUUCUCUGUCCAUUAACGGGAAGAACGUAUCUUCCUCAAUGAACAAGGCCAUUGAUUCUGCGCUCUUGGCUACGCCACUCACCGACGCGUCAUCCGCCCCUACGGCUACGACUACACCUACAAAUCACUCUCGCGUCAAAGUUCCCAUUGUUGUCGGGAAGCCUAGCUGCUCAAAAGUCCGGCUUGCUUCUCCUAGACCCAAGACCAACCCUGACGAAGACGAAGGGAACGAGGAAUCGUCUGCUCAUUUUAGAAGUCCCACUGCACCACCUUGCCCCUCUCAUUCCCAUGCGCCCCAGUCGACACUCAAAACUCCCCCGCGACGUCGUGCUCCGACCCCACCUCCCGCGCCACGAAAACGCAAACUUUCUCGAGAUGACGAUGAAGAUACACGUGGAGCCGACGAAGACGAGGUUACCCCUCGGGUGAAGCGGAUCCGAUUUAUUCUGCCGACACCAUCAGAAGCUCAGACUGAGCCCCUGACCAUCAAGCUUCCGCCCGCAAGAAAGCUGUCAACGCCUUCUAGUCCCACGGCUGGAGCUGCGCUCGACUCGACUCCGGGGCCGAAACUCAGGCCUAUACUGAAGCCUGCGCUCAAGGUGGCGCCGAAGAAACACACCUCCCUUAAGGAGGACAUCCGAACAUCGGGUAAGAAGCUGAGAACGGUCAAGCUUGUCGUCCAGAAGCACAAGGACGCUGCCAAAAGCAACGUCUCGCGCCAUAACGCGAAGAGAACUCCCCUCUCACCUCCGGAUAGUCCCUUGCUGGACGUCGACAGCGCGUUGGACGACCUAAUCGAUCGACUACAGCAGCCCCAGCUGGUGGCUGCCGAUCAGCGCAACAAAGCCAUGCAGAUUAAGCAGGCGUUCGCGGACUACGGGAUGCGUCUUCGCAAGCAGGAACAGAGGAAGGAGCUCAGGCGGGACAUUCGUCAGCACCAGCGGUUGCUUGUUGCUCUUUUGGCAUACGAUCGAGCCUAGACGCUGUCAAGCACCUUGACGCAAUCCUCGCUCUCAGCAUCGCUAUACACUGUUGUUCAUGUCACCGAACUCAAACCUUACGAUCGUCCGGUUCAUGCUGCUCCUUUAGCGAGCAUCCGACUCCCCAUUGGCCCAAUUGACACUGUCUUGCAUCGUCAGACCCCUCAAUGGAACAUUCUUCUCGCCAUUUUGCAUACCCUACUGUGUACUUGUACCCGCUUCUGGCCUUGUUCUCCUGCUCAUCUGUCUAUAGUGUACCCGUUUCCG